AUGAACAACAGUAACAACAUGUAUGGCGGUGCUCCUGGUGUGUAUGGAGGUGUUCCCGGUGGACGACCUACGGGACCAUACAAUUACCAGCAACAUCAACAGCAUCUUCCCCCACAACAUCAACAACAACAACUUCAACACCUUCAACAUGCUCAGCAUGGUCAACCACAACAACGAUUCCACCUGCCAGUGAAUGGUCCUUUUGAUGCCUGGGUGGACGAGAAGGAGAAAAUCAUUAGAGAUAUCUACUCCAAGACGAUCACAGACCCAAGAACAGGGCAACUGGUACUUGACGUUAAAUAUGUCUACCAUAUGAAAAUCAAAGAAUAUUCUAGUUAUCCCCAACUGAUGCCCCCCUCAAACUUGACACCAGCUCAAUUGGGUGGUGUUAAGGAUCGGAUCUUAUGUAUUUGUGCUAAGCUGCUGGGAAGAGUCCUUAUUCAAAAAGGUAAAUACAAUGAUCACAAAUACGUUUACCAAAUUGGAAGAACUUGGGAUAUCGAUGAAUUGAAAGAAAUAGUUCAAUGUGGUUCUGAUGGGUUUAUAUUGGUAUUGAACAAAAACUAUUAUUGGAAGUCUUCUGAAGGUCAAGACCGUCUUGGGCUAUUUGUUAAGAACUUGGCUAGAACUUAUGGCUCUUACACUGGGAAAUAUCCAGCAAUCACUGGGUUUGAAAACGCUGACUUGGCUCUACCUAAUGUUCCAAUGAAGAAUGCCAUGAAUCAUCAGCCUAAUAAUAAUGAAAUAGUGGGCUUGGGAUUAUCAUCAGCAGCAGCUCUGGGUAUGGAUCAUCCAGGUAUAACUGUUCCUAAACCAGUAAUUGGUGCAGAUUCUAUGGUGGCCCCAUCAUAUUCAUCAGCUUCUUCAUCCCUGCAACAAUCUCCUAAUCCUAAUCAACUCGAUAAGACGAAGCAACAAAAAAGACAUGAAUUGGAUUAUCGUCAUCAAGUUGCUUCCCAAAAACAGCCAACCCCAGGACAACAUCCUUAUUCUAACCUUGUAACAGGAGCAAUUACUCAAGAAUCUUUGGCAUCUGAAGAUAACUUCAAUUUUGGUUCACUGGUUGAUCCUCCAAACAGAAGUGUGAGUCAAGCAACAACAGUAAUUCAUAGAAGAAAAGAAAGUGAAUUGAGUCAUGCAUCAUCAUCUACGGCCCCAUUAUCCAAGCCAUUCGACCAACUCGCUGACACAGAACCAGGGGUGAAUUUUAUUGGUGAAGCUCAAACUGAAAAUGAAAUUGAAAUUGAAAUUGAAGAAAUUAGUGAUCAUAGUAGUGUAGAUUGGAAUUCACCCAAAGUUCCUCCAGUUAAGAAUGCCGAUCUUUCACCUAUUGAUUCGUCCAUUCAAGAAAUUGAGGCUUAUAUGGAUAGACAGUUAAGUAAAACAUUCAGGAAUGACAUGGUUCCAGUUCCAGAAAUCAAAAUUGAAGAAGAAGAACAUCCAGCUUUGAAUAUAAAGAAAAGAGAUGCUAUUGACAACAAUAACAAACAAUACUUGAACAACAUAGACACUCACUCAGAUUCAUUAACGUUUGGAGAGGAUGAUGCUCCAUCGAUGAUAUCAGAUGAUGGAAAUGAUGAUUAUGCUGAAAGUUCAGAAGAAAAAUUGGAAAAGGAUCCUGAAAUUGAAGAGAUAUUGGAAGAAUUAAAAUGGGAUAUAGUUGAAGGUUCAGAACUGUUGGUGAAAAAGCUUAGAAAGAAAUUGAAUGUUGUUAAACUGACCAAUGCAAAAAAUCUAGUAAAUUUUGAUUUUGGAAAGGAAUCUGUUUUCGAUGACAUUGACUUUUCUGUUAGAGAAGUGAAUAAUUUAUCCCAUAUUUUCACCAAAUUAAGUAUUGACGUCAGAAGUAUCAGUUCAAAAGUUGCAUAUAUUGAAAACGAAUCUGAUGGUUUACAAAUGAAGACAAUUAAUGAAGCAAUGCUUCUCAAUGAAUUACAAUCUAUUGUUGAUGAUUUGAAUAUUGAUGAUUAUGAUUUGGGACUUAUCUCUAAGUUUUCAGAUUAUGAAAAUUUGGAAAGUGUUAAUGGCUUGGAAACUAAAUUGGUUAGGUUAUAUGCAGCCUUGUAUACAAUCAGAGAUACCGAUACUGGUGGUUUAAAUAAGAUGUUGGCCAUUAAACAAUAUCAAGAAACUUAUGAGGCUGUUGCCAGUCGGUUUUCGGAAAACUUUCUGAUGUAUUUUAAGAGUUCAAUCCUGAGGUUUAUGAAUGGUAUUAUUCCCAAUGUCUCCAAAAUAGGACCUACUGUUUUAUUUCAAGAUAUCAAUAGAUGGACAACCUUUUCGGGGUUGCUUUUAUUUGUUAAGGAUAUUUCUAAUGAUCAGUUUGUUAACUUGAGAGAAUCAUUUAAUGAAUCUGCUUCAGAAUUGGUGAAUGAAUGGUUGAAAUAUCGAUUAGAAGAUUAUCAUAAGGUUAAAGUAGCAGAAGCCAAUGCUAAAGAGGCUGAAGAUGUGACAUCCAAGUUGAAUCCACCUGAAAGUCCAGAUGGCUCACUGGUUCGUAAAGGUGGAUUAAGAUUAUCUACAAGAAAGGAAAGACUUAUAAGUCGGCUUAGUGGUAUUAACGUUGGAGAUUCCAAAUAUGAAGUUGAACGUACAGUAUUUUUAUUGAUUUUUGACACAAUGGCAUUGGUUCAAAGCUUUGCCUAUAUUUUAACCACAUUGUUCCAUUAUCCAAUGGAUGGGGUUAUAUUCCCGAAGUAUGUUGAAGAAAACUCUUUUAGUGAAAGAGUACGGUUGUCUCAAGUACACACUUUCACUGAAAUUGAUAAGGUAUACAGACAAUGUACUAGUGACUUGGUUAAUAAUAUGAUGGCUAUAUUUGGGAAUUAUGUGAUUCAAUUUUCCAAAGUAGUUAUCCCAUCAGAAACGUUUGUUCUUAAGGUUGUUAGAGCACUAGAAAAGGCUACCAAUGAGAACAUUGGUAAUGCAAUGCAAGAUUUCCUUAUCUUCAAUUUCAUCAAGAAAUUAAAGGAUAAGUAUAUUAAUUUGUGGAACAGACAUGUUCAAGCCCAAAUAGAUCAAGUUAACCAAUCAACCAUUGGAUCCAAAAUACAUGUCUUAUCAUGUUUGAGAAGAAUUAUUGGAGUGGUUCAGAUUCUUGAAGCACAAGCUCUGAUGAAAGCACCACCAACGUCAACCUCGUCUACUACGACUCCUACUAUUCUGAAUUCUUCUGGAUCAAUUGGAGCUUUUGGAGAAUCCACCACUGAUACAGAUGAUGGCUUUGAUAACGGUACAUUGAUGGCUAAAGUUGCUGAAUCGUCAUAUGGGGAUAUUACUUUGAGUUUAACUCAUUUGUUUGAAAGAGAAGAUCCGUUAUUGAAGAAUAGUGAUUUUGAUGAUCAAGAAAGAAGUUUAAGAAAUGUUUCCAUAAUCUUGAACACCUUUUAUCUUACGGACCAAUUACAAAUUGGGAAUAAGGAACUGAGUAAAUUAAUCGGUACUGUUUCCAAAUACUAUGAACAAUCCAAAACCAUAUUUUUUAAUGAUUUGAUGGCCAAAUCUAUUGGUAAAUUGGUAGAAUUUGUUCGUAUACAUUCUCAGGUGAACCAAGUGAAGUAUAACAAGAAGGCUGUGAAACAAGCACUAAGUGGUUAUGAUAUACACAGUUUAUCUUCAAAAGUGGUUGAAACUCAUCGUAAGAUGGAAGCUUUGUUACCAACCAGUGAGUCGGGCGUUGAACGGAUCUUAUUGGAGAAGUUAUGGAACGAAUAUGAAGUAAGUUUCUCCGAUAUUAUCGCCAAGACCAAUGCCAUCGUUAGAAGAGAAUAUCCUGAUGUUGAGUUUAAUAUUCCAAGAGUAGAUGUUCGUUCCAUGUUUAAGUCUGCAACUAUAAGAACCGAUUUUAAUUAA